AUGUCUCCCUCUGCCCAAAAUAAGACCUACAGCAUUGCCUCCAUCCCCGCGGACGGUAUCGGCCCCGAGGUCAUCGCCGCCGGGAUCGAAACCCUCCAGGCCCUCGCACAGACUCUGCAGACCUUCGAAUUGCAGUUCCACCACUAUGACUGGAGUUCCGAGACGUAUCGAAAGACGGGGAAGUAUAUUCCCGACGGUGGCCUCGAUGAACUGAAGAAACAUGACGCAAUCUUGUUCGGAGCGGUAGGAGCACCGGAUGUCCCAGAUCACAUCUCCCUCUGGGGUCUCCGACUGGCCAUCUGCCAACCGUUCCAACAAUACGCGAACGUGCGUCCUACGCGGAUCCUUCGCGGCACGGAAUCCCCGCUCCGACGCUGUGAGUCGGGCGACCUGGAUUGGGUGAUCGUCCGCGAAAACAGCGAAGGCGAGUAUGCCGGCCAGGGCGGACGAUCCCACCGCGGGUUUCCGUGGGAGAUCGCCACAGAGACAGCAAUCUUCUCGCGGCACGGAGUGGAGCGCAUCAUGCGGUUCGCAUUUGAAACGGCGCAGAAGCGACCGCGGAAGCUAUUGACGGUCGUAUCGAAGAGCAACGCGCAGCGCAAUGGGAUGGUGCUUUGGGAUGAGGUUGCGGUCGAGAUUGCGCGCGAGUUUCCCGAUGUGCAGGUAGAUAAGAUGCUGGUGGAUGCGAUGACGACCAGGAUGGUGCUGAACCCGACGUCGAUCGAUACGAUUGUGGCGUCGAAUCUGCACGCCGACAUCCUUUCCGAUUUGGCCGCCGCCCUCGCCGGGUCUAUUGGCAUUGCGCCCACCUCCAAUCUGGACCCGACCCGCCAGCACCCCAGUAUGUUCGAGCCGAUUCAUGGCUCUGCAUUUGACAUUACUGGCAAGGGAGUUGCCAAUCCCGUGGCGACGUUCUGGACCGCGGCAGAGAUGCUUGACUGGCUUGGAGAGAAGGACGCCGCCCGGCAACUGAUGCAAUGCGUUGAGACCGUGUGUGAAGGUGGCGUACUCACUCCCGAUUUAAGUGGAACGGCGACUACAAAGGAUGUGACGGCGGCGGUUGUGGCCGAAAUCCGGAAGUUGCCGAGGUCGUGA